AUGGCGGAUUCAAGCUCUUUUCUCCCUCCUCUUUGCAAAAGGAUCUCACACAAAAGCUAUGUUAUAAGAGCGAUGGAUCUCACGAUUCUUAGCCUUGUCUUUUCUCUUCUCGUGUACCGAAUCCUACAUAUGAGCCACAAUGACACCGCUUGGGCUGUGGCUUUCUUCUGUGAAUCUUAUUUCUCUUUCGUAUGGCUGCUUCUUAGUUCCACAAAAUGGAGUCCAGCUGAUCAUAAAACCUAUCCAGAUAGACUUGAUGAAAGGGUUCAUGACCUUCCUUCGGUAGAUAUGUUUGUGACCACGGCGGAUCCGGUUCGGGAGCCGCCGAUUAUCGUCGUGAACACCGUGUUAUCGCUGUUAGCUGUGAAUUAUCCGGCAAACAAACUAGCAUGUUAUGUGUCGGACGAUGGAUGCUCACCUCUCACUUACUUCUCACUCAAGGAAGCUUCUAAGUUCGCCAAGAUUUGGGUUCCUUUCUGCAAGAAAUACAAUGUUAAAGUUAGAGCUCCUUUUAGAUAUUUCCUUAACACUCUGACUGCGCUAGAGGAUUCUGACUUUGCUAAAAACUGGGAAAUGACAAAGAGGGAGUACGAGAAAUUACGCCAGAAAGUGGAAGAUACCACUGGAGAUUCCCAUUGGUUGAAUGCUGACGACGAUUUUGAAGCUUUUACAAACACAAAACCAAAUGAUCAUUCAACUAUAGUUAAGGUUAUAUGGGAGAACAAGGGAGGUGUUGGAGACGAGAAAGAGGUCCCUCAUUUUGUAUACAUUUCAAGAGAGAAAAGACCAAAUUAUGGGCAUCAUUACAAAGCUGGAGCCAUGAACUUUCUGGUAAGAGUAUCGGGGUUGAUGACAAAUGCACCGUACAUGCUGAAUGUAGACUGUGACAUGUAUGCAAAUGAAGCAGAUGUGGUGCGACAAGCAAUGUGUAUAUUUUUGCAAGAAUCAAUGACUCCAAACCAUUGUGCUUUUGUUCAAUUCCCUCAAGCUUUCUAUGAUUCUAACGCCUAUGAAGUCGCCAUGUUACACUCAUACAGAGGACGAGGAGUUGCGGGAAUCCAAGGACCGAUAUAUGAAGGGUCGGGAUGCUUCCACACUAGAAGAGUUAUGUACGGUCUAUCUCCGGACGAUUUAGAAGUUGAUGGAAGUCUUUCUUCAGCUGCUACAAGGAGUAUUUUGACUCAAGAGAGUUUAACUAGAGAAUUUGGAAAUUCUAAAGCGAUUGUGAAAUCGGUGGUCAGCGCAUUACAAAGAGAAUCAAAUCCCCAAAAUGAGCUUACAAAUUCCACACAAGCGGCCAAAGAAGUUGGAAAUUCUCACUAUGAGUACGAAACUAGCUGGGGGAAAACAAUAGGUUGGUUAUAUGAUUCAAUAGUGGAAGACUUGAACACAAGUAUAGAAAUCCAUUCGAGAGGAUGGAGUAGUUCAUUUAUUUCUUCGGAUCCACCGGCGUUUCUAGGCUGUAUGCCGCUAGUAGGACUAGAGGGGUUCCUCCAGUGGCGGCGAUGGAUAACCGGCGGGUUUGAAGUCUUGUUCAACAAACAAAGUCCGCUGAUCGGAAUAUUUCACCAAAAAAUAAGAUUCCGACAGCGAUUGGUUUAUCUUUCCUCUUGCAUGGGAGGUCUAAGCUCAAUUCCUGUGCUCUUGUAUUGUCUCUUGCCUGCUUAUUGCAUACUCCACAACUCUCCCUUAUUUCCCAAGGUACUUUGUUUAGGUACAAAUUUGAUCAUAUUUGUGGGGAUGCCUUGUCUUUACAUUCUAUGGGAAUUUAUGAGCCUUGGGGUUUCCGUACAACUAUUGAAUGUCCCCAUUUGUGCUUCGUUAUCUAGCAUCUUUGAUGUCGCACUCAAGCUUCUUGGAAUCUCGAAAACCGUGUUCAUAGUCAGUAAAAAGGCUAUACCCGGGACUAAGUCAGGAUGUCAACAAGAAGAUGACGGCCUAAACCCAUACUCGGGAAAAUUUGAAAUCAAUGGCUUGCUUUUUUUCUUGCCCGGCAUAUUUAUUCUGUUGGUGAAUCUAGCCGCUUUAACCGAUUUUCUGGUAGGCCUACGAUUGUGGAGUCGUAGUGAGGGAGGAGGUAGUUUGUGUUUAGAAGAGGCUUGUGGAUGUAUGUUGGUAGCUAUGUUGUUUCUUCCAUUUCUAAAGGGUUUGUUUGAGAAGGAAGAUAUGGUAUCCCAUUGUCUAUUUUCUAUAAAGGUGCCUUUUUAG